AUGGCACACAAUACAUCAUCUGAUUCUGAUAAUGAAAUCUCUACAAGAACUAAACUCUUUGAACAUGAAAAACCUAUACAUGAAAUACUUGGAGGAGGAAAAGUGGCAGAUAUAUUAUUAUGGAGGAACAGAUAUGAAUCUGCUGCACUUUUUCUCGGGAUGACAACGAUAUGGUUUCUAUUCGAGAUCCUUGAGUACAAUUUUGUGACAAUUAUUUGUCAAUUUUUCAUCACCAUGAUGCUUGUACUAUUCUUUUGGUUCAAAUUUGCUGAUAUAUUAAAAUGGAAAGUACCUGAGAUACCAGAAAUUAUUUUACAAGAGUCUUUAUUCAAUGAUCUUGCUUUCAUCCUCUACAGAAGAUUCAACCAGUUAUUACCAAUACUUUUCCAUAUUUCAUGUGGAAGAAACCUACCACUCUUUCUUAUGAUCAUUGUUUCCCUCUAUAUAAUCUCGGUGAUCGGAAGCUACUUCAGCUUUGUUAAUCUUCUAUACAUGGGCUAUCUCUGCAUGCAAACAUUGCCACUUGUGUUCGAACGGUACGAUGAAGAAAUUAACAUUCUGUUUGAAGAUAUCAUGUUAGUACUCAAGAAAAUGUAUAGGAAGUUUGAAAAGAAUUAUCUCAGAAAAAUUCCUAGAGGACCAUUGAAGGACAAAAAAGCUCAAUGA